AAACUUUUUUUUGAGGUCCGCUCUAGCAUCGAUGAAAGAGAUGUUGUGGGUAUGUCUGUUUGUCUGUCUAUAUCUUAUGUCUCUCACAGCCGUUGAAGAAACACAAUACAGGCGUUCAGAUUUUUCACUCUGCUGCUUUUCUGUAGAGGGAUUAGUUUUACCUUUGCGCUCUGUAUUUCUCAAAUCCAACGAGACUUUCAUAUUGUCGUUACUGUUUCGGCAUACUCAGAUUGCUUUGGUGUUUACAAGGGCUUCAAACAGGGUUAGGGUUUAGAGAUGGGCAAAGGCAGUCAAGAGAAGCUUCUAGAACAGAUAUUCCAGCUGAAAUUCACAUCAAAGAGCCUGGUUAGACAGGCAAAGAAAUGCGAGGCAGAAGAGAAAGCGGAGAAAGUGAAAAUAAAGAAGGCCAUUGAGAAAGGGAACAUGGAUGGCGCGCGCAUAUAUGCGCAAAAUGCAAUCAGAAAGCACAACGAGCAACUCAACUACUUGAGAUUGGGGUCUAGACUGGAUGCCGUUGUUGCUCGUCUGAGCACUCAGAGCAAAAUGGAAAACAUCAGCAAGUCCAUGUCUGGGAUUGUCAAGGCAUUGGACAGUGCACUAGCCCUUGGGAAUAUGCAAAAGAUCUCACAAACCAUGGAUCAAUUCGAGAGGACUUUUGUAAACAUGGAAGUGCAGUCCUCAUUUGUGGACACGGCAAUGGCAGGCAGUACUUGUCUUUCCACACCUGAAGAUGAUGUGAAUUCGUUAAUGCACCAAGUUGCUGAUGACUAUGGAUUAGAGGUUUCUGUUGGGCUUCCACAGGCAGGGACAAGUUCUGUUCCUUUAAAGGACAAGGCCCCUGUUUUACCCGAAGAUGAUUUGAGCCAAAGAUUGGCUCACCUAAAGUCCAGAGGCUAAUGAUUAGACCAAGCGACCUAGCCUGGCUUGGCGUGAUUGUUUUUUAGUUUUUACUUGCAGAAGGGGGAUUGUUAACAUGCUCUAUUCAUUUCAGUAAAUUAUUUUGUGCUGACUACUUUGAAAUAUCAAGUAGUUUUCUCUUUGGCAUAUUUAA